UCAUCAAUGUGCGCCGGAGCAUCGUGUUAGUGGAGAGAGUCGCGCGGCAGAAACUCCACGUGAGAAAAAGAACCGGAGAGAAGCGGGGAUCAGAGGGAUCAGGGGAACAUGGUGUCGGUACCGCAGCAGCCCGAGGUCGCGGUCGCUCAGAGACUCGCCUCCAACGAGCGACCCGUCAGAACCAGAGCCUUAAAAACCCUGAAAAAAUACAUCAACCUGCGAUCACAAACAGGUGGGUUCUGCAGGGAUGACCUGCUGAAGAUCUGGAAGGGUCUGUUCUACUCUCUGUGGAUGCAGGACAAGCCGGACCUGCAGGAGGAACUGUCUGAUCGAGUAUCUUUACUGAUUCACAGCUUCCACACUUUCAACAACCAGCUUCUCUAUUUUGAGACGUUUCUUCAGACGAUGAAGAGGGAGUGGAAUGGGAUAGACCGACUCCGCAUGGAUAAAUUCUUCCAGUUGGUUCGGUUUGUGUUCAGACAAGUCUUUGAGGUUCUGAAGAGGAGUGAGUGGGAGUCCAGUUUGGUGGAUCAGUUUUUAGCUGUGUUCACGGCUGAGCUCCUGCAGAGUGCUGUACGGGUUCCUGACGGCCUGAUGUUGCACAUCCUGGAGCUGUACAUGACUGAGUUAGCUCAUGUUGGUUCUGCAGAGCUCAAAGCUGAGCAGAACCUUACUUUCAUCCAGCCUUUCUGCAAAACCAUCAGUGAAACCAAAGAUCGCUCAGUGUUGAGUUCUGUCUGUAAACACAUCUUCUCCACCAUACUGGACCAUGCUUCCUACGCUGUGGAGGAGCUGAUGAAGGAGCUGAGUGAUGGAGGAGAAGACUCGGGUGCAGCAGAGGAGGAGAGUGAAGAGGAAGAAGAAACAGGAAGGAGAUCUCUGAAGAAAGUUAAAGACCGAUUCAACGGUGUUUCAGGCGUGGAGAACGAUGACGAGGACAGUUAUUAUGAACUGAUGGAUUUGGAUAAUGAAGAUCUGGAGGAGGAUGACAGUGACGACGUCGGUCCUGUUUUGCAGUUUGAUUAUGGAGCGUUAGCGGAUUGUCUGUUUGAGUUGGGCAGCCGUCCGUUAACACCAAACUUCAAUCGAAAUAAAAUAUACAAACUGGUGAAAACAUUCCGGGAUUUAAGUGAAGGUAUCUUCCCUCAGGAUGAUGAUGCUGAUGCUGCAGUGAAGCCGAAGGGUUCAAAGAAGAAAAAGAAAAAGGGUAAAAAGUCAGCGGUCCAGAGAGAUGAUGAUAAAUCUCCUGCCAAGAAGCGCAAAGCCUGUGAAGUUGAGCAGACGUUGAUUGAACCAGACCAAGAUGAAGAACCACCAUCAGUAAGCAUCAAGAAAAAGAAGAAGAAGAAUGAGGGAUCAGAAACGGAGCAGUCAGCAGAAACGCCUCAGGAUGGACAGGAGACGGAGGAGAAGAGCGAGCGGUUGGCUGUUGUGGUCGACUCUGAAACUCAAUCACAGACUCAGGAUCACAAGGGUUUGCACAGUGAACAGGAGUGCAGUGUCAGAAAGAAGGGGAAAGGCAAGAUCAGAAAAUGCCUGGAUGCUGAGUUGUUGGAAGAGGAAGACAGUGGGUCACUACAAACCAGUGCGCCACCUAGCGUCAGGAAAAAAAGUGGCAAAAAGAGUAAAAAGAUUCAGGAAGAGGGUCUGAGUCCAGACUGCAGCAACCAAACGCUUACAGAUGUUCAGCAGGAGAAUGACCUCAGUGUUUCCUCUCCAGUGAUGAAGAAGAAGAAGAAACAGAAGCAGAAGAGUGCCACAAAUGAUGAAGUAGUUAUCAUAUCUGAAACCGGUCCUGAUGUUGAAAUCCUGGAAAUACAGGAUUCAAAUGUGCCAUCAUUUUCAGAAACGACGACUUUCACCAAGAAACGACGUGAAGGUGCUGUAUCAAAGAAGAAGAAGAUAAAAGCUAAAGAUGACGUAGAAAUAAUCACUAUACCUGAGGACAGCAGUGACACUGCUUCGGCCACCAUCACCACCGAUGCAGCUGAUGCAACAAAGCUGCAGUCAGAUGCUGUUUCUCCCACUCCCAAGAAGAGAAAGAACAAAAAGCAGAAAGCGAAGGAACUGGCAGCACAGAUCAGUGAGCCUGCCGAAGAAGCGGUUGAAGAACCUGAGGUGGCUGCUGAUUAUAAACCCACAGGUAAAGGUCACACACGCACUGCUGAGGAGGAGGAAGCUGCUGUUCCAGUGCAGACACCCACACGGAAAAAGAAAAGCCAGAAGAAACAUAAACAGCAGUUACUAGAGCUGACUGAAGACGUGAAGGAGGAGGUUCAGCUUCCAGAUCUCUCAGAGGAGCCGGUGCAGAAGAAGAGUCGCAAACAGAAGCAGAAAACAGAAGCAGCAGCAGAAGCCACAGAAGCAGCAGUGGAAAGUACCACACUGAGAAAAACUAAAAAGAAGAGAAAGAUCCAGGCAGACGAAGCAGAAACAUCACAGAUAAAUGGAAAGGCUGGAACAGAGGAUCUUGAGAUUUCCACUUCUGUAAAGUCAAAAAAGAAGCUAAAGAAGGCCUCGUCCCAAUCUGACUUUGCCUCCUUUCAGAGUCAGACAGCAGUUCCAACUCCACUCUUCUGUAGAGCUAAACCUAAAGGCAAGUCCAGGACAGGCGCAUCAAUCCAAAAGACAUUCCUGAAGGCAGAUUCUAAAAAAGUCACCUUUGGUCUGAAGAACAACAAAACAACAGAAUUCAGGACCACGGAUCAAAGUUUGUUGGUGAGUCCAGUAGGCUCGUCCCGUGUGGCCUUUGACCCUGAGAAGAAGCCAGCAUCCGGCGUGCUGAAGUCACCCUCAGCAUCUCCAUUUACUAGUCUAAAAAAAGCAACACCCAAGAAACGACCAACAGCUGCAGAUUUCUUCUAAAAACUUUACCAUCAUUCAAAUGUAUUAUUUUUCUUAUGUCUUUUUAAAAAGCCUCUUUAUAAUGUUGUUAAAAUAGAAUUUUCUGAUUGCUUUUGUUCGGAUGUUCCUUGCCAAAUGUACACCUUGUUAUCAGUGAGCAACAUAUUAACCUAUUUAAAAGUCUUGUAAAGAGGUAAAAAUACAGUUUACUGGAAAGAAAGUUAUUUUGUAGUUAGUUAUAAGAAAGCUGCUAUUGAAUUCUCUUCCAGUCUGUCCAUAUCCACAUUUUUGAACAAAAUCUGUAUGCAAAAAUUCAGUUGUAUUUUUGGUGACUUUGCAAAGAGGGUUUUAUUAAAAAAAAACUCCCUGCC